AGAUUCCUUCCUUAGACUCACCAAACUGAUUAACAAGCCAUUCUGUUUCUCCAUAUUAUAUGCUUGCCAAUUAUUCUACUAAUGUCUAAGCUUUUGCAAAAUGGGUAUGAUCAUGAGUUUCAUGGGGAAAGGGAUGCCAUCCACACAGACGUUAAAUAUGCUAAUGGGUACCCUCUACAAGCAAUUCAUUGACAAAGAUGUCAAAGAAUUCGAUGACUUCCACGCAGCAAUUUUGGAUAUAUUCACCACUGUCAACUCAACAUUGCCAGGCAAACAUUACGAUGUACCAUCCCGUAAAGAAGUUCAGGAAUGCUUUAUUAAAUGGGAAAAAGGUGAUCAAGAGUCAAAAAAGCAUGUGUUUGUUGAAUUCAUCACGCAGAGAGUAAAGGUUGGCGUCCUAGAUGAUUCCACUGUGAUAACAGGAAUAGUGACACCUCCAGCAGCCAUGGCAGCUAAGAAAGCAGGAGAGAAUGUGCCCCAGUUGAAGAUGAUCAAGGCCAUACCUGAUUUUAUCUUCGUGCCAUCGGCAACAGUUCUAGCCCUCAUGUCAGCCAAGCUUUCCAGAAAGAUGCUCAUGGGAAAAUUAGGAAAUUCCGCAUCUUGAAUACCAUGCUUAAAUGGUGCAUAAAUUAUGUGUUUUCUGCGAGACUAAUGUUAAAUGUCAUGAAAUACAAGUGUAAUAUUCUAAAUUGAAAAACUGCCUGUAUUGAUCAAACAAUAGAAAAUUCCCACUAAAAAUUAAUGCUGAUUUAUCCACAA